AUGGUUGGAAUACUAUUCCAAAUAACAAUUGAUCCUAAGAUAUCAUCGACUCCAUUCGCCUCCAUUCGUGAAGAAAGUUAUUUCAAGAAGGAAGAUGAAAUUCUUUUCUCCAUGCACACCGUGUUUCGCAUUGGUGAAGUUCAAAAAAUUGACAACAAUCGUGCACUUUAUCAAGUGGACCUUGAACUUACGUCGGAUAAUGAUCCACAACUUCGAGAAUUAACUGACUACAUGCGACAAGAAGUCGACGGUACCGGAUGGCGUCGAAUGGGUAAAUUGUUACUCAAAAUAGGUCAAUUCAACAAGGCCGAAGAACUAUAUAUGGCACUACUGGAACAGGCAUCGGAUGAUAGUGAUAGAGCAUAUAUUAGUAACAUGCUUGGAUGGGUGAAAAAAGACCAAGGGCAAUUCAACGAAGCAGUUGCAUUUCUCGAACAAUCUGUGCAUACCUACCGAAUAACUCUCCCCGAAGAUCAUCCUUCAUUAGCUACUAUGUACAAUAAUACUGCUCAAGUGUAUAACGACAUGGGUGACUACUCGAAAGCACUUGAAUUUUACGAAAAAUCACUUGAAAUAAGAAAAAAAGCUCUGCCUUCGAAUCAUCCUGAUUUGGCUACUUCGUACUGCAACAUCGGUCAAGUGUAUAAUAACAUGGGUGACUACUCAAAAGCGCUGGAAUUUUACGAAAAAUCACAUCAAAUCUACGAAAAAGCUCUACCUCCGAAUCAUCCUGAUCUGGGUGGUUCAUACAACAGCAUCGGUAGGGUGUAUAAUACCAUGGGUGACUACUCGAAAGCGCUGGAAUUUUACGAAAAAGCACAUCAAAUAGCUAAAAUAGCCUUCCCUCCGAACCAUCCUGAUCUAGGUGGUUCAUACAACAGUAUCGGUGGAGUGUAUAAUGCCAUGGGUGACUACUCGAAAGCGCUGGAAUUUUACGAAAAAUCACUUGAAAUACGAAAAAAAGCUCUGCCUUCGAAUCAUCCCUCAUUGGCUACUUCAUACAGCAAGAUCGGUCAAGUGUAUAAUAACAUGGGUGACUACUCGAAAGCACUUGAAUUUUACGAAAAAUCACUCGAAAUACGAAAAAAAGCUCUGCCUUCGAAUCAUCCUAAUUUGGCUACUUCAUACAGCAACAUCGGUCAAGUGUAUGAGAACAUGGGUGACUACUCGAAAGCACUUGAAUUUUACGAAGAAGAUCUAGAAAUCACAAAAAAAGCUCUGCCUUCGAAUCAUCCUGAUUUGGCUGUUAGUCACUUGAAUUUUGUAGCAUGUUACGAAAAAAUGGGUGAUUGCACAACAGCUCUUAAAGCCCUUAAAAAUGCUUAUCAAAUUCAGCAAAAAGCUUUUGAAGAAGGUAAUCUAGCUUUUGCUUCAACAUACAGCUGGUUUGGAAGAGUUUAUCGGAGUAUAAAAGAUUAUUCAAAGUCGCUUGAUUACUUUGAAAAAUGCCUUACAAUAGUUCAACAAACAUUACCAGAAAGACAUCCAAAUCAAGCUAUCACAUACAGUAAUAUUGGUGAUGUUCAUCGUUUAAUGGGUGAUUAUGAAAAGGCAAUUUUAUUUCAUCGAAAAGCAUUAAAUAUUCAAGAAAAUGUUCAAUGUGAUCCUACAGAUUGUGCAACGACAUAUAUAAAUUUAGGUGAAACAUAUCGUCAAAUGAAAGAUUAUACAACGGCAUUGACAUAUUAUCAAAAAGGAUUAGAAAUGCGUGAAAAUAAACUACCAAAAAGUCAUCCUGAUUUAGCUGUUGUAUAUCACAAUUUGGCGAAAUUAUAUUUAUCUACUCGACAAUAUAAUAUGGCAAUGAAAAAUGUUCAACAAGCCGCAGAAAUUGCUCAAGAAAAAUUACCUUCAAAUCAUCCUCAUAUUUUGGAAUAUAAAGAAACAUUUGAAAAAAUUCGAAAGAAAAUGUAA